UUCAACGGCUAUUGCCCGUUUCCCCCAAUCGCCCAGCCUCACACGCUCGUGCAGGCGGCGGCGGCCACGGGAGGCCGCUGGCUGGGAGAGCAGGGAAGGAGGCCAGCCGGCGCCCGGCGAGAGAUCAGCGGCGCAGGUCCCCGUCAACGGCAGCACCUCCUCCUCCUCCUCCUCUCGCGCUCCCGGCGACGAACCAUGGCGGUUCUGUCCGUCUCACCUUCCCUCUCCCUCCCGUCCACCAUGUCCACCACCGCCUUCGCACGCAGCCCAGCCGCCCUCCUCCGCCCGCGAGGCCCUUCCCCUUCCGCCGUCGUCUGCCACGCCGCGCCGCCCAAGGCGCCCCUCCCCAUCGCCUCGCCGGCGUCGCUCGGGGACGACCCUUCCAAGUGGGACCCCGCCGAGUGCGACGCCCUCCUCCGCGGCGGCGAGCAGGUGGCCUCCGUGCUCGAGGAGAUGCUCAAGCUGAUGGAGGACAUGGAUAUGGAUGGCACCUUUGAACCAGUGGCUGUGGAGUUGGUAGCGCAGGGAGUCAUUGGGAAAAGAGUUGAUGAGAUGGAAUCUGGCUUUCUAAUGGCACUUGAUUACAUGAUACAGCUUGCUCAGAAGGACAGUGACAAUGAGCGAAAAUCUCUGCUAGAGGUAGUCAAGCAAACAGUGUUGGACCAUCUCACGAAAAAAUGCCCUCCACAUGUUCAGGUGGUUGGACUUCUUUGCCAGACUGAAAAGAAAGAUAGCAGACAUGAACUACUACGCCGUGUAGCUGCUGGUGGAGGUGUGUUUAAAAAUGAUAAAGGUCUUAAGUGCCAGAUUCCAGGAGCCAAUCUUAAUGACAUUGCAAACCAGGCUGAUGAUCUAGUGGAGUCAAUGGAAUCGAGGCCCACAAUUCCUGAUCGUAAACUUCUCGCUAGACUAGUUAUAGUAAGAGAGGAAGCUCGAAAUAUGAUGGGAGGUGGUCUGCUAGAUGAAAGAAAUGACCGUGGUCUCAGUACUCUUCCUGAGUCAGAGGUGAACUUCUUGAGCAAGUUGGUUUCUCUGAAACCUGGGAAAGCAUUGGAGAGGAUGAUCAAGGAUGUUAUGAAUGGCAAGGCAGAAGGUGCUGAUAACACUGAAAGUGGAAAUGCUGAAUCAGAUUCUAAACUUGAGCGUCAACCUGGGAUAUCUGGAAGGGGAAGUGUGACUGGCAUCAAGCCACGGCCUGUCCGACCAGGAAUGUUCCUUGAGACGGUUUCUAAGGUUCUAGGUGGCAUAUAUGCAAAUAACACAUCAGGCAUUACAGCUCAACAUCUGGAAUGGGUACAUCAAACAACACUGAAGAUUCUUCAGGAAAUGGCUUUUUAAUGCUGUUAUCUGGAGGGCAUUCAAUGCUUUCUGCAAAUAUAUGGAGUGCCUGCAUUCUUGGCCCUUUUAUGCUGGUUGUCUUUGAUCAGUGACAGGCAGAUUUUGGAGGACCUAAAGUGGUCAGUACUAAUAAUCUAGAUAAGAAUAGAAACAUAAGAAAUGAUGGCAUCCCAUUCAAUGGCCAAUGGUGAUAUCUGCGUAGAGUGUGAUAUUACCACACAGUUCAGAAGUAAACUAGGUGCUUGGGAAAGCAAAUGGUCAAAUGGAUAGUGAUGUUUAGUUUAGCUCCUAUAAUCUGUAUUGAAGAGUUUACCUUACUUUGAGGGAAAAAAAAUAAGAUGGCCUUAUAUCUAACAUGAUAUUUAGCACUCUUUUGUUUCAUUUUGUCGGAGUCUCUGUAUCUCAUAAUAAAUAUAUUUAAAAUUUUUGUUUCACAUCUUUAUUUUUAUGAGGUAUCAUCCGACGGGACAUAUCUCCUAUGUCGGGGCAACCCCUUAUUCUUUUAUACUAUGUGAUAUUUCAGAAAUACUGUUCAUCAGUAAAUGUGUUAAUACCUUGCUUUUGA